UUACUUUGUGCAGCUACAGGUGGGUUGAUUCAUUCUUGCAGGCAGGGACGUUGUUGCACCUGUGCCAGUCUCUGCUUUGGUAGCAGUCUCACUCACAGGUUGACGGACUCCGGACACUGAUUCAUCAACUACUUUUGUAACAGAUCUUACAGGAUGAACAAAGAGUACACAGAGGUCAGUCCCUCUGAUCCCUCCGUCAACGCCUACACCACCACCCUGUCCGCUGUGAAGGCCGAGAUCGACUACAAGCGCAAGAAGUGCCGCUACGUCCGCAAAGAUGGCAAGUGCAAUGUCCUGUUCCGCCAUGUUCCUGAGGAGUGGCUCAUGUACGUCACUGACAUCUUCACCACGCUGGUGGAGAUCAGAUGGCGCGUCAUGUUCCUCAUCUUCGCCCUCUCCUACAUCUUCUCCUGGCUCUUCUUCGGCAUCAUCUAUUGGGUGAUUGCCAUGGCUAACGGCGACAUGAAGGACCCGACUAACGCCCCCUGCGUGUACGAGGUGAGGGACUUCACUGGGGCUUUCCUCUUCUCACUGGAGACCCAGACCACGAUCGGUUAUGGUUUUAGGGGGAUGUCGGAGAACUGCAUGGUGGCUAUUAUCGUUGUGACUGUGCAGGACGUCAUCAGCUGUUUUAUUGAUACAUUUGUCAUCGGUAUCGCUGUGGCGAAGAUGGCAUCGGCACGGAAACGGGCGCAGACGGUGGGCUUCAGCAACUGCGCCGUCAUUAACUUGCAAAAUGGGCAGUUGUGCCUGUCUUGGAGGAUUGGGGACUUCCGCCGGCACCACAUGGUGGAGGGGAAGGCUCGCGCCCAAAUCUUCCGCCCCAACAUGCACGCCACAGGCACGGAAGAUGUCAACUACAAGGACCUGGAAAUCAAACAGAGUGAUUUAAUUUUAGCGAUACCAACCACCAUCUUCCACGUUAUUGAGCCAAGUAGUCCACUCUACCGCAUGAGCCUAGAGGAGCUUCGGAAAGAUGACUUUGAGUUGGUGGUGUCCUUCACCUACACAGACGACUCGACGGGCAUCCUGCACCAGACCCGCACCUCCUACACGCCCGACGAGAUCCACUGGGGACAUCUGUUCCAAGAGAUGCUGAAUGUUAACCGGAGGUACUACAAGAUAGACUACUCCAUGUUCCACCACACUGCUAAGGUCCUGGUUCCGGAGGUCAGUGCAGAGGAGUACGAGCAAAUGAAGCUUGGGCAUUACCCACGCAACUCGCCGCGCCCCAAGCGCCCAUGCAUUAAUCGCAAACCCCCGACUGUGACUGUAGAACUGGUGAAUGGCACCCCAAAACCAGAAGAACAUGUUGCCACGGUUGCCACUAUUGCAGCAGUUUGUGAGGAUCAUUGACAUUUGUGUCUUACAAGGAACCCCGUUCUGACAUAGAUGUUCUAAUGAUAUGAUGAUGCCAACACAGUGAUCAAUGGCCAUUCAGAAACAUAUGAACUCAUGGACAAUUUGAUCAUUUCUUCACAGGCAACAGUAAGAGCAGGCUGUGUACUUAGUGGAAUGUCUUGCAGGAAGUAACCCCCCCAACCCGCACACACAAAUGUGGAAACUGCUGUCGUGUUGCUUGCUAAGUUUUUUGUCAAACUUAGUAUCUAUGGUGGAGUCACAAUAUAAUACAAACAAUUAUACAAUGUCUGCUCCUCAGUAUGAUAGAUAGACUACUGAAAUCAAAGAGAUACAGAAAAUGGAUAAAAAUAAGAUAAUCAUGAUUUUUAUGGAGAGGUUAUGGUAACUUAAUACUGUCAUCUACAACAGAGAGUACUAUAUAGAGAUUCAUUUAUUUUCAGAAUAUGCUUUGAGGUGUCAGAUAAAAUGCUGUUUUAUUUUGUGAGUGCUUUGUAAAAUAUGUACAGUGUCUUCAGAAGUACCCCUUUACUUAUUUCACAUUUUGUUACAGCCUGAAUACAAAAUGGAUUAAAUAUGUUUUUCUCACCCAUCUACACACAAUACCCCAUAAUGACAAAGUGAAAGCAUGUAUUUCGAAUUUAUUGCAACUUUAUUUAAAAUUAAAAACAAAAAUAUCAAAUUUACAUAAGUAUUCACAUGCUAGAAUCACCUUUAGCUGCGAUUACAGCUGUGAGUCUUUCUGGGUAAGUCUCUAAGAGCUUUGCAUACCUUAUUGUACAAUAUUUGCACAUUAUUCUUUUUAAAAUUCUUCAAACUAUGUCAAGUUGGUUGUUGAUCAUUGCUACACAGCCAUUUUCAAAUCUUGCCAUAGAUUUUCAAGCCGAUUUAAGUCCAAACUGUAACUUUGCUAAAUAGGAACAUUCAUUGUCGUCUUGGUAAGCAACUCCAGUGAAUAUUUGGCUGUGUUUUAGGUUAUUGUCCUGCUGAAAGGUGAAUUUGUCCCCCAGUGCUUUGUACCCCAAAGCAGACUGAACCAGGUUUUCCUCUAGGAUUUUGCCGGUGCCUAGCUCUAUUCCGUUAAUUUUUAUCCUAAAGAACUCCCUAGUCCUUGCCGAUGACAAGCAUACUCAUAACAUGAUGCAACCACCAACAAGCUUGAAAAUAUGAAGAGUGGUACUCAGUGAUGUGUUGUGUUGGAUUUGUUGAAACAAAAUGCUUUAUAUUCAGGACAUAAAGUUAAUUUCUUACAACUUUACAACUUGUUUUACAACUUUAGUGCCUUAUUGCAAACAGUAUAUAUGUUUUGAAAUCGUUGUAUUCUGUACAGGCUUUCUUCUUUUCACACUGUCAUUUAGAUUAGUAUUGUGCAGUAACUACAAUGUUGUUGAUCUAUCCUCAGUUUUCUCCUAUCCCAGCCAUUCAAAUCUGUUUUAAAGUUAGCAUUGGCCUCAUGGUGAAAUCCCUGAUCAGUUUCCUUCCUUUCUGGCAACUGAGUUAGGAAGGACGCUGUAUCUUUGUAGUGACUGGGUGUAUUGAUACACCAUCCAAAGUGUAAUUAAUAACUUCACCAUGCUCAAAGGGAUAUUCAAUGUCUGUUUAUGUGUAUUUUUACCAAUCUACCAAUAGAUGCCUUAUUUGCGAGGCAUUUGAAAACCUCCCUGGUCUUUGAGAUGGUCAUUCAGAAAUCAUGUUAAACACUAUUAUUGCACACAGAGUGAGUCCAUGCGACAUAUUAUGUGACUUGUUAAGGAACUUUUUUCCUCCUGAAGUUAGUUAGGCUUGCUGUAACAAAGGGGUUGAAUACUUUUAGACUCAAGACAUUUCAGCUUUUAAUUUUGAAUUAAUUUGUAAAAAUGUCUAAAAACAUAAUUCCACUUUGACAUUAUGGGGUAUUGUAUGUAGUGACACAAUCUCAAUUUAAUCCAUUUUAAAUUCAGACUGUAACAGAAAAUGUGGAACAAGUCAAGGGGUGUGAAUACUUUCUGACGGCACUAUAUGUGAGUAUGUUGAACACAAUGAUGUACCAUCACAUUACAGAAAUGUUGAGCACAGUGGAAUUAAGUGUUUUGCUUGUUGUGUGGUUCGUUUAAAACAUGAUACUUUUGCGCACACGCUGUGUUCAAUACACAUUUACAUCUGUUGCUUUUAUAAACUGAUGAUUAAAAUGAUUCACUGCACAGCAAAUUGGCCAGUGUUAAUUAGUGUUGAUUUUUCAAUGUAACAUUUCUAGUGUUGAUUCAGAAAUGAAAGUAACUCCGUAAAAGUUCAAUUAAAACAGUGGUGUAAAAUAA